AUGAGUGGCAGUGUGUUCAGUUCAGGAGACCCAUGGGAGAAUGGAUGGGCAUCUAAUGACAAUGAUAAUAUAAGGUCACCUACUAUUCCAGGUUUUGAUUCAGGAAGUACAUAUUUAACGUCAUCACAAUUGCUCAGUCAUGAACAUAAAGGAGAUUCAGAUAUUUCAGGAGAAUUCCCAGCAUCUUAUGGCAAAGUGUAUUCUGAAUUAUCCGAAGAGAUAUCUACAGUGACUGAUUUGGAAAGAUUAGUGGUUAAUAAAUUAGUGGAUGCUGGCUAUUUAACAAACUAUCAAAGUUCAAAAAUAUUAAAUACAUUAUAUGAUCAUGCCAUCUUACCACCAUCUGAAAAAGCCAAUUUUGAAAGAACUUUAGGGCUCAUUGCAUUGGAAUUGGAUGCAGCUGGAACUGGCGAAUACGUAACCUUACAAAUGAGACUCAAUAAUUUGCCUGAAUUAUCUGACAAAGUAGUUCAUUUACUUAUAAAUAAAGGCGACAAUAUAGGGACUAAAGAUAUUACAGAUCCAUUGGGUGCUCAAUUAGCAAACACCGGAUUAACCGAAAAUGAUGGGAAUGAAUGGCAUACGGCUGCAUCAGAGCAAAAAGCAGGCGGCCAAGCAAGUAUUUUAUCGGAUCCUAUACUCACCGAUCAUACUGCUGUACAGAAAAGUCAUCUAGAAGGUGGAGACCAACAACCUAUUGACCAUUCGCAUAUUACCAAAUAUAUCAACGAUAUAAGAGAUACCUUUACGCCAUUAGUUGAUACCAAGGAAACCAUCAAAAUAAAGGAAGUACCUGAAAAGGAAGGAUUGGUUUUUAAGCACAUAAAUUACAUUAUAUCCCAUGAUCUAAACUUGGGUAUGCAUGGGCCAGCAGGAAUGAAGAAAGUUAUCAGAAGAUAUUCUGACUUCGUAUGGUAUGUAAUUGAGUUUGAUUUUUGUCAGCACAUUGUACUAACUUAA